AUGGAUAAUAGUAAUGAGAAAGCUUUCCAAGCCACUUCUAGAUCUAACACCAACCUUCUUCAAGAUCCUUCAAGUUGUUACUACCUUCACCCAAGUGAGACACCUGGAAUCACUCUCACAACCACUCCACUGACCACAUUGAACUACCACACCUGGUCCAGAUCUUUGUGGAUCUGUUUAAAAUCGAAGAAUAAAAUUAGAUUCAUUGAUGGCACAUUACUCAAACCAGCUCCAACAGAUGAUUCGUAUGAUGCUUGGGACCGUUGCAACACGUUUGUGCUAUCAUGGCUACAUGGAUCAUUGAGUCCAGAAAUUUUGCAGAGUGUACUGUGGUGUGACAAUGCACACGAACUGUGGAAGGACCUCAAACAUCGAUUUUAUGAGGGUGAUCUAUUUUGGAUUGCUAAGCUUGAGGAAGAUCUGUUCAGCACAAAGCAAGGUAAGUUAUCCAUCACCUCUUACUAUACAAAACUGAAAGGGAUCUGGGAGGAAAUAGACGAAUUCAGGCCCAUACCAACUUGUGCUUGCUUGAGUAAUUGUAGCUGUGGAUUAGACAUAAUGAGGCAAUAUAGGUUGCAGUCUUAUAUGAUUCGUUUUCUUAGAGGUUUAAAUGACCAAUAUGCAAGUGUGCACUCCCAUAUUAUGUUGCUUAAGCCCCUUCCAGAUGUGAAUAUUAUUUUUUCUCUACUUCUUCAACAAGAGAGACAAAUGAUGCAUCUCAUUGAACCAGAUUCUAGAAUGUUAGUGAAUGAUGUUUACACUAAAUCUAUAGGUGAAAGAGAGCUAUACCAGAUUAACCAAGGCAGUGUCAAAUUUGUCAAUACUGGAGGUGAAAAAGGCCAAUUCGGGGCCAAUAAUGUCAGAGAAAGAGGAAGAGGGCGUGGCAAAGGUGGCAGAGGUACUACUAGAGGAGCUCCCAAACUUUGCUCUUAUUGUGGAAAACAAGGUCACUUGGUGGAUACAUGUUACCAGAAGCAUGACUUUCAACCACAUCUGCAACCAAAUCACUCUAAUGGAGUACCUCUUUCAGCUAAUUCAGUGAACUCAGUGGUAGUUGCGAGUAAUGCAUAAUGCAACCCCACAGUUAUCCAAAAUGAAGGCAAGAUCAGUUUGGAUGGGAUAUUCUCGGAUAGACAGAAAGAAGCACUUAUUGCACUAUUCCAGCAACAUAAAGAACCUCUUCAUGAUGAAAAUUUGGCAACCAUUCAUGCUCCUUCAGCCGGAGCGGCCUACCUUGAGGAUGAUUGAAAUUACUGAUCAAAAGUGAGGGCUGUAUACAAUGAAUACUCAAGCAAAGAUGGCUGUUAACUUUAGCAAAUUAGAAGAAAAGAUUUUGAAUAUUAUGACAGAAGAACAGGACACUUCACACACUUCACAGAGUGUUUUUUGGCAUUAUAGGUUAGGCCAUAUAUCUUUUAGUAGAUUACAACAAUUACAAAAAAUGCAUCCAUUCAUCUCAUGUCCAAACAAUGAUGUACCAUGUGAUCCAUGUCAUUUUGCAAAACAAAAGAGGCUACCU